AUGAAGACCUUUCUGGUGGUGCUGGUGCUGACUGCUUUCUCAGCAGAAGCUUCGAGGCCAAGAAUGCAGUUCGCGCGGUAUCGCUCGUGGAAUUCACGGAUGUACCCCGUGUGGAAUGACGGAGACUCUCGUUACAGAGACUGCUGGAGAGGUGGUGAGGUGACGUUUGAUGUCAGGAAUGACGCACCCACCCUGACUGGUGCUAAGGCCACUUUCAGCAUUGACCUCCGCUUCCCUCAGAACCAGACAGCGCUCCCAGAUGGCCAGGUGGUCUGGGCCCAAAACUGCACCAUAAACGGAACACACUACCAGCAGGGGGAGCCGGUGUACCCUGAGAACAACUCCACCAAGGAGUGGAUCGGUGUUUUCCCUGAUGGCACGCCAUUCACCAAGGUCUCCGACAAGAAGCUCCACUACAUAUUUGUGUGGAAGACCUGGGGACAUUACUGGCAGGUGGCAGAUGGCCCCUCAUCCUCCCUCACUAUUGGCACAGACAACAUCCCCCUUGGCUCCUACAGCAUGGAGCUUGUGAUCUAUCACUGCCGAGGCAAGGACAAGUUCAUCCCCCUGGGCUAUGCUUCCACGCAGUUCACCAUCACAGAUCAGAUCCCCUUUUCAGUGUCCCUGACACAGAUCAAUGAUGUCAAUCAAGAAGACAGGAGCUUCAUUCAGAAUCGUGCCAUUGCUUUCAGCAUCAACCUGCACGACCCCAGCCAAUAUUUGAAAAACUCCGGCAUCACCUUCAACUGGGACUUUGGUGACAACAGCGGCACCCUGAUCUCACAAGAGCUCUCUGUAACCCACACUUAUGUCACCACCGGGACCUUCAGGCCCCAGGUGGUCCUGCAGGCCACCAUUCCUGACACCAGUUGUGCCACCCCCGCCAACUCCCCCACUGCUGCCAACCCCACACCCGCCCUGGUCACCUCCCCGCCGCCUGCCCCGCCCGCAGAGCAGGAAACCACUGCAGAUGUCCAACCUGUUCCUGAAGAGCCCUCCACAUUGAACCCCAUUGCUCCCACACAACAGGCUAGUGACAUUUCCCUGGAAGUGCCCGCCUCCAUGGCCACCGCUAUUGGUGACGUCGCGCUGGAUGUGCCUGCCUCCGUCGCGGUCCCUGCUGGUGACAUCGCACUGGCUGAUGCUGAGGCAGAGAGAGAAGCAGCUGCAGCAGAGGACCCUGCCGUGACAGACGCUGCUGUGGUGGACCCAGGCGUGGCAGAUGAGGCAACUGCUGCUGUGGAGGCUCCGGAUGUGGAUGCAGAAGACACUGCCACAGAUGAAGCAGCUGCCGUGAUGCCUGCCCAAGACGCUGCAGCCGCUGAAGAUGCUGCCACAGAUGAAGCAGCAGCCGUGGCGCCCGCCGAAGACGCUGCAGCCACUGAAGACACCACCACAGACGAAGCAGCUGCCGUGGCGCCUGCUGAAGCGGCUGUUGCAGAGGUGCCUCAGGCUGAGACCACCGAUGACCUCAACCCAGUUAUCCCAGACACCACAGUUCUCACAGCUGUCAUGGAGGCAGAGGAGGCAGAGGGCGAGGCAGCAGAGGCAGAAGAGGCAGUGGCCGUGCUGACCACAGGAACAGUGGCCGCAGAGGGGGAGGAGACAGUGCUGGAGAUGGCACUGGAGACGGCCAUGCCCGCCGUGCAGGUCCCUGUGGUGGUGGCCAAACGGCAGGCUCCAGCCAUACCUGCAGAGAGUGGCUGCAUCAUUUACCGCUAUGGCUCCUUCUCCACUGCCCUGGACAUCGUUCAGGGCAUUGAGAGCGUGGAGAUUGUCCAGGUGGCCAACGUGGUGACGAUGACAGCAGUGGAGCAGAAUGCUGUGGAUCUCACCGUUACCUGCCAAGGCAGCCUGCCAAACGAGGUGUGCACCGUGGUCUCGGAUGCAGACUGUGCCACGCCAGUGCAGACAGAGUGUAAUGCAGUAACACCCACUCCUGAGUGCCAGGUGAUCCUGCGACAGUUCUUCAAUGACUCUGGGGUCUUCUGCAUCAACGUGUCCAUGACCAAUGAUGUCAGUCUGGCAGUCACCAGCGCUCGAGUCAGCGUGACCAUAGGUUCUGGUUCCACUACUGGGGGCACUGUGGCCAUAGUGCUGGGAAUCAUGAUCCUGGCUAGUGCCAUUGGGGCUAUAGCGUUGACCUACAAGCGUUUCAAGCAGUACCAGCCACUAAGAGAGGACCCCGAGGGCAGCUCUACGGGCAGCCUUGGAAGGACCUCUGUGCCUGUGCUGCUGUGGAAUCUGUUGAGCCGGCAGACAGCUGGAGAGAGCCGCCCGCUGCUUCAGGGCAGAGUGGUGUGAACUGGACCAGAACACAUACAAAACACACACUCACACACAUGCACACACACCCAGCACAGGACACAAACACAUACCAGAUACAUGUACCACACCACACACACUCACACAGAAAUCACUGCCAUAUAGCACAAACAAAGCCCCUCUAUCAUUCACACUAUUUUCCAGCAAAACUGAGUGAAAGAUUUAAAAAUUGAGUUUAACAUCAUUGAAUAACCCAACCAUCUCCGACCAAGACGCCACAAUACGAAUUUAAAUCAUAUUUAGAUUUUUAAUGGGAAAGUGAACAUGGAUAUUAUACUAAGUUUAGCUUGUGUGUGGUCCCACUUCUAGAGUCUGCUGCACAAUGUUGUGCAAAACUCACAUGACCUUUGACACCAGAAUACAUUCUUUCUUCUCAAAAGCAAAAGGAGGUUUACAGCAGCUGUGCAUGUUCUCCUGUCUCCCUCUUGUGCGCUUACUGUCCUGCAGCGCUGACGCUGCUGUC